AAACAACCCCCAAGCCAUAUUUCGAACAACCCGCGCCGAACACGCGAGAUCCUGCAGCUCACCGAGACCCCGAAAGAAACGUUCCGCUCCUUGCAUCUUUGCGAGCGGCGGUGUGUUCCAAGGUUGCCUAGGCUCUCUCACGAACUACUUGAUUCCCUUGGCUGCCCCGACGAGCCUCACACACCACACUGGGGCCGCACUCCAACUCACGACGAGACACGCCCACUAUGUCUGUUCUGCCCGCCGAGGUCCACACGGCCUUGAGCCAGCUCUUGAAGGGUCUUCAGUCCGCGGACAAUGUUGAGCGGACCAGGGCGGAGGAGCAAUUAAACAAAGAAUGGAUGGGCGAGAGGCCGGACGUCUUCUUCAUGGGCCUGUCGGAGCAGAUACAACUGGCACAGGAGACAUCGACUCGAAAUUUCGCAGCCGUCCUCUUUAGGCGGCAGUCUGGCAAGCCGCGAAAGGAUGCCCAGGGCGUCGCAAAGGACGCUUUCCUAACCCUUCCCCAGGCCGAGCGGGAGGCGAUUCGUGCAAAGCUGCUACUAUGUCUGGGCCAGGAGACCGAGAACUCUGUUCGCGGCAAGAUUGCUGAUGCUGUAGCGGAGCUAGCACGACAGCACACAGAAGAAGGCGUACCAUGGCCAGAACUUCUGGGAGCUCUUUUCAGCGCCAGUCAAGCAAGCGACCCGGGCCAGCGGGAGACUGCCUUCAGGAUCUUCUCAGCAACACCUGGGAUAAUAGAGAAGCAGCACGAAGAUGUUGUAAUGACAGCGUUCAAAGGUGGAUUCGCAGACAGUGAGACCAGGGUUCGAAUCGCGGCUGUCGAAGCCUUUGCGUCCUUCUUCCGCUCCAUCAACAAAAAGGCACAGUCGAAGUACUUCUCGCUUAUUCCAGAAAUCUUGAACAUUCUGCCACCUAUCAAAGAAUCCGGAGAUGGUGAUCUACUCACCAAAGCCCUUAUUUCGCUGAUUGAUUUGGCCGAAAUUGCGCCAAAGAUGUUCAAGCCGCUCUUCAACAGUCUCGUAGUGUUUAGUGUGUCAGUCAUCCAAGACAAAGACCUCGGCGAGACCCCUCGCCAAAACGCUCUCGAGCUCAUGGCAACUUUCGCCGACUGCGCGCCGCAAAUGUGUAGAAAAGAUCCGAGCUAUACCAACGAUAUGGUGACCCAAUGCUUGUCUCUGAUGACCGAUGUCGGGAUCGAUGACGAUGAUGCAGAGGAAUGGAAUCAGUCUGAAGAUCUCGAUGCCGACGAAAGUGACCUGAACCAUGUCGCCGGAGAACAGUGCAUGGACCGUCUUGCCAACAAGCUCGGCGGUCAAGCAAUUCUGCCACCUACGUUCAACUGGCUUCCACGAAUGAUGACUUCUGCUGCAUGGAGAGACAGACACGCCGCUCUCAUGGCCAUUUCAGCCAUUUCAGAAGGUUGCCGCGAACUAAUGGAAGGCGAGCUUGACAAGGUCCUCGACCUAGUCCUUCCCGCUCUACGAGAUCCCCAUCCGCGAGUGCGAUGGGCAGGAUGUAAUGCGGUUGGCCAGAUGAGCACCGAUUUCGCCGGGACUAUGCAAGAGAAGUACCAUCAAGUUGUGCUUCCCAAUAUCAUUCCGGUUCUGGAGUCAGCGGAGCCUCGUGUACAAGCCCACGCUGCCGCUGCACUGGUGAACUUCUGCGAGGAAGCCGAGAAGAACAUUCUCGAACCAUACCUGGACCAGUUGCUUAGCCACCUGCUCAUGCUUCUCCAGAGCCCUAAACGAUUCGUCCAAGAACAGGCCCUCUCAACGAUUGCUACCGUCGCAGAUUCUGCCGAGGCCGCUUUCUCUAAGUACUAUGACACCCUUAUGCCUCUUCUGUUCAACGUGUUGAGGGAAGAGCAAUCUAAGGAAUUUAGGCUUCUCCGAGCAAAGGCUAUGGAAUGUGCUACCUUGAUUGCACUUGCUGUGGGCAAGGAACGAAUGGCCCAGGAUGCGAUUGCGCUGGUGUCAUUGCUUGGACAUAUUCAAAACAGCAUCCAGGAUGCGGACGACCCGCAGGGAUCCUAUCUCCUUCAUUGCUGGGGCCGUAUGUGCCGCGUGCUUGGACAGGACUUCGUUCCUUACCUUGCUGGAGUCAUUCCACCGCUGACCAAACUCGCCGGAGCCAAGGCCGAUAUACAACUUCUUGAUGACGAGGAGCAAGUAGCACACAUUCAAGAGGAAGAGGGAUGGGAGCUAGUACCUCUCAAAGGCAAGGUCAUUGGUAUCAAGACUAGCACAUUGGAUGAUAAGCACAUGGCUAUCGAGCUGAUCGUGAUCUACGCCCAAGUACUAGAGGCAGCUUUCGAGCCUUACGUCAACGACAUCAUGGACAAAAUUGCUCUCCCUGGUCUGGCUUUCUUCUUCCAUGACCCUGUCCGAGUCGCCUCGGCGAAAUGCGUGCCUCAACUUCUCAAUGCCUACAAGAAAGCUCACGGACCCGAGUCAACACAACUCGGCCAGCUGUGGGAACGAACAGUUGAACGUGUCCUCGAAGUCCUUAGCACCGAACCUGCCAUCGACACUCUUGCGGAAAUGUACCAGUGCUUCUACGAGUGUGUGGAGGUCAUUGGGAGAAAUUGCCUCACUAGCACCCACAUGUCGACCUUCAUUGAGUCCGCUAAGAGUGUUCUCAAGGACUACCAAGAUCGUGUCAAGGAACGAUUGGAGGAACAAGCCGACAACGAGGAUGGUGAAGAGGCCUCCGAGGACGUCCUUUUUGCGAUUGAAGACGACCAGAACUUGCUCUCUGACAUGAACAAGGCCUUCCACACGAUCUUCAAGAACAUGGGUACCAGCUUCCUACCACACUGGGAGCAGCUGAUGGAGUUCUACAAGAUGGCCGUCGUGAACCCAGACCCAACUCAACGUCAAUGGGCUAUCUGCAUAUUCGACGACGUGCUCGAGUUCUGCGGUCCACAGAGCUGGGCUUACAGUCAGCACAUUAUCCAACCACUCAUCGCCGGCAUGCAAGACGAUGUUCCUGCAAACCGCCAAGCAGCCAUCUAUGGCGUUGGUGUUGCUGCGGCGAAGGGUGGUCAGGCAUGGGCGGAGUUUGCAGCUGCGAGUCUGCCAACGCUCUUCCAGGCCACGCAGCGCCCGAAUGCUCGGGAGGACGAUGAAGUAUUUGCCACAGAAAACGCCUGUGCUAGUAUCGCCAAGAUCCUUCAUUUCAACAGCCAGAAGGUAUCGAAUUGGCAGGACGUCGUGCACGCCUGGAUUGACACCCUACCUAUUACGAAUGACGAGGAGGCUGCACCAUACGCGUAUGGCUUCUUAGCAGAACUUGUGGAGCAGCAAAACGCCGCGGUCCUAGGUCAACCCCUCAAAUGCUUCCACUUCGUCGCCCAAGCCCUCGAAGCCGAGACCCUGCAAGGACAAACCGCGCAACGCGUCGUCAAUUCCACGAAGCAGUUGGUGCAGACUUCGAAUCUCAAUUUGGCGCAGGUGGCGGCGGGUCUGACGCCCGAGCAGCAGAGGACCGUGCAAGCAUACUUCAGCUAGACCUCAACGCAGAGGGCCUUGCAAGGGUGCUGUAGCGAGAAGCAGACGCGUUGAAAAAGAGUGCGCGUUGGCGGGUGCGUCGUUAUGGUGGGUGAUACCUCGGUAUAAUUUACAACUGGCGUUGGAUGAUUGAUCUGAUCUGAUCUGAUCUGAUCUGAUGAGCGAUGCAAUGCAUGGGACUGCGUGUCAUGGAAUAGGGU